GCCCAUUUUCAUGAAUGGAAACUAAAAUGACCUAUUUUUUGGAACUUGACAGAAAGGUUGCCCAAAGAUAAUUUCUGGAAGUUUCUAAAGGUUUUGCUCAAUCGAACAAUCCGAGCUUCUAAUGCGCGAAAUCCCACCUCGAUUCUUGCAGAACAUCAUCGCCAGAAAGGAGGAGGAAGUUCUGGAGAGGGAAAGUGAAGGGGGCAAUGGGAAUCGACUAUUACAAGGUUUUACAAGUUGAUCGGAAUGCCAAAGAUGAUGAUUUGAAGAAGGCUUACAGGAAGCUCGCUAUGAAAUGGCAUCCUGAUAAGAACCCAAAUAACAAGAAAGAUGCCGAGGCUAAAUUUAAGCAGAUCUCUGAAGCUUAUGAGGUUCUUAGCGACCCACAGAAGAAAGAAAUCUAUGAUCAAUAUGGUGAAGAGGGUUUAAAGGGUCAGGUGCCGCCGCCUGAUGCUGGUGGUCCUGGUGGAGCUUCCUUCUUUUCCACCGGCGACCGGUCAUCAACAUUUAGAUUCAAUCCGCGAAAUGCUGAAGAUAUUUAUGCGGAAUUUUUUGGGUCUUCGAACCCGUUUGGAGGAAUGGGAGGGGGACCAAGGUUUUCAAGUAGCAUUUUUGGUGAUGAUAUAUUUACGUCUUUUAGAGAAGGUGGGGGAGGAUCCAUGAGCCAAGCUGCUUCUCGUAAAGCUCCUCCAAUUGAGAACAAAUUGCCUUGUAGCCUUGAAGAUUUGUACAAAGGAACUACCAAGAAAAUGAAAAUAUCUCGAGAAGUUUCAGACACGAGCGGGAAGAUUGUAACAGUGGAAGAGAUCUUAACAAUUGACAUAAAACCAGGUUGGAAGAAAGGAACAAAGAUCACAUUUCCCGAGAAAGGGAACGAGCAGCCUAAUGUAAUACCUGCAGAUCUUGUUUUCAUCAUCGACGAGAAGCCGCACAGUGUGUUCACUCGUGAUGGAAACGACCUAAUUGUCACACAAAAGAUAUCAUUGGCCGAGGCGCUGACUGGUUACACUGUCCAUCUCACCACCUUGGAUGGGAGAAGUCUAACGAUCCCGAUCAACAAUGUGGUAAAUCCAAGCUAUGAGGAGGUCGUCCCAAGAGAAGGAAUGCCUAUGCAAAAAGAUUCAACAAAGAAGGGGAACUUGAGAAUUAAAUUUAGCAUCAAGUUCCCUUCAAGGCUGACUACAGAGCAGAAGGCUGGGAUAAAGAAACUCUUGGGUCAGUAAUAUUAUGAUUUGUUGGCUUGGUUUUUCUGUAAUCAACUCAAGAACCACUCAUUGCGAAUACAGUGUUUGAAAGUUUUGCUAAAAUGGGUCCAUCUUGUUUUUUGUAUUUAA